AUGAUGUUGAAAAACAGUUCAGAUUUUGUGAAUUAUAGUUUGAGUGAGUUCAUAGAGAAAAUUGAAGCUCAUGAGUUGGAAUUGGUGAAAGUCAAGAAGAUGAAUUCAGCAAAUAUGCCACAGGAUGUAUCUUUGUAUUACAAGAGUAGUCCGGUAGUAUCGAAUGUUCAGAGUCCGAAAAUUCAAACUGGUUUUAGUGCAGACAACACUUCAUCUGUUGCUCCAAAUGCCUAUCAGUCAAGUCAAUCGACUCCAUUUGCCAACUACGAGCCGAAUGUCAAAGUCUCAGAUCAAAAUUCUCCUCAAAGCUCUACUGGGUCAAAUCAACAGACAGUUGUGUCAGGAGUGCAAUGUAACAUUGCAAUUAACAUCAAGAAUGGAAAUGAAAUCACCGAAAAUGCAGCCAAGCAGCACAUCGCGUUAUUGGGUUCAGUUCUAGAAGCAUAUGAAGGAAAAGACGAUCAAGCAAUGAUGGCUGAAGUUGUGGAGAUUACCGAGACGGGUGCUGAACCAGAGGUUUUCGAGAAGGUAGUUACUGAGAGUGUUGGUGAAGAAGUUACUGGAAUUGUUGAGUCUGGCUCUGAGGUGGUUGAUAAAGCAGUUACUGAAGCUGUUGAAUCUGUUUCUGAGAUCAUGAUUGAAGAGGUUAUUGAAGUUGUUGAUCAGGAGGUUCCGGAGAUCGUUAAAGAUGUUUCUAUGGAAGAUUCUGAAAAAAAUGAGGAAACUGUAUCUGAUGUUCUUAGUUUUAAAUCUCGACGGGAGGAAUUUGUCUAUACUAUGAAAUCAAUUUUACCUCCUAACGUCUUUGGUUCUUUUGCAGAUUAUUUUGAAGAUCCAAGAACCGGAACAUGCCCGAGAUUCGAAGCAGAGAAAGAAGAAGUCGAGGAGAUGAUUGAUGUGUCGAAGGAAAUGACUGAAGAAACUCUACAGGAGAUUGCAGAUAAAGCACUGAUGAGCAAAUUAAAAGAGGUAGAUUCAGACAUUCAGGAGUCAGUCGAUAAAGUGUCAGGUCUAGGAGAGGAAUCUGAAGUCUUAGAAGUCAACAUGGUCAAGUUGUCUGAGUUGGAGUCAAAUCCUGUUGGAAUCAAUUCCGAAAGCAAGUGGAAAUCGUCAUGGUGGGAGUUAGAUGAAAAGAUGAAGAAGAAAGCAAAACGUGUACGUGAACGUGAAAAUCGUAGGAUGGAAGAGAAAAGAGGAAAGUUUUUGAAGAAACAACAGGAAGAAGAGAAGGCAGAGAAGCUAAAGCAUGAAAAGAUAAGAAUUGCUUUGAGCAGGAAGCCUAAAGGGCGUGAAGAACAUGGAUUCAGCCCAAAGGUGUCAUGUGCAGAACCGUCUUGUGCUGAAAAUUCGUCAAAUGUUUCAGCUGAAGUUUCUACUAAAGUUUCUGGUGUUUCAUCUGACAAACCAGAACUCUCCGAUUCUGUCAAAGCUGAUGACAUGAAGGAUGACGAGAAGACUGAUGUGAACAAGGCUCCAAGUACGCAAGCUAAACAAUCUGAACCUUCUGUUAGUAAUGAAAAGGUUCAGAUUAAGCAACAAGAGCCGAAGCGAGUAGGUAAAGGAUGCGAAAAGAAGAAGCCUAAACAUCAAAGACGAUCAGGCUCUCCACAAUCCUCAAUGGGCAGCAAUCGUCCAAAAAAGGCUCGUAAUGAGAAAAAUGCUUUCGUUAAGCCAGUCUGUAAUGGAAAAUGUGAGAAAUAUGCAUUUGAUUGUGCUAACAAAGCUUUCAAAAAGACUGGUGAGAUUUCUGAACAAGACCUGUAG